AUGCCGAUAUUAAAGACUCUUGGUGAUGACUUCUGGAGCAAAGCGGAGGACGCAGACCUUGGGCUAUUUGCCAGAAAAACAGAAGAUGAAGCAGAUAAACUAAUCAUUUCCUCGGAUAUCGGGCGGUUCCCCUAUUAUGCCACAACUUUUACGCGUCUACGCCAGAAUUUGCUGGAUAUCAUUGGUCCUGGCAGUGCCCGCCUGCAGUUGCCUCAUCCAAGUUGGAUCGAAAGGGGACUUUAUAAAAAAUGGAAGUCCCACUGCGAUAAAUCCCACCAGCAAAAGAACACGCCUUCUUGCCGUACAUCAACUGCUGCCCAAUAUCUACCGCCUCCAAAUCCACGACACUUUGUUGACACCUGGCUCAGAUGUCUGACUCCCGCCCCUAGAGGUGCUAAAUAUCUGACCCUCAGCUACGUCUGGGGCCCAAUUCAGUAUUUUGCUACCUUGAAACAGAACCUCCCGAUGUUACAAAUACCUGGAGCUCUUAACGAUCCAGCCGUGUGGGACAGAAUCCCAAACACAGUCAAAGAUGCUAUCCAGUUGACAGAGCUCCUUCAAGAAAGGUACCUCUGGACGGACGCGCUUUGCAUCGUGCAAGACGAUGAUGAUAUGAAGCACGGCCAGAUCAACAAUAUGGCUUCUAUCUAUGCAAACUCUAACUUAACUAUUAUUGCUCAAGAUGGCGAGCAUGCGAAUCAUGGUCUGCGGGGUCUGCGUGGGAUCUCGCAACCCAGGAGGUACGAAAGUGAAGUGUUUCCCCUAUCACAGCGAAUAAAGUUAGUGAGGUACCGAACAUUACCUUUCGCACCGAUUUGGGCCAGGAGAGGAUGGACCUUCCAGGAAGACAUAUUUUCCGCUAGAAAGAUAACAUUCUCGGGUGUAGAGGUUUUUUGGGAAUGCGGAACGACCGUGCUAUACGAGAACAACUGGAAAAGCGCUAUUCUCAUAUUCAGGUUAAGGUAG